AUGGAAGAACACAGAAGAUCCAAGUCAAAAGAGAGCAAGGAAGAAGAUGGAAGAAAUGUCACUAAGGCAUUACCUUUCAAUUUGGCCGACGAUCAAGGAUUGGUAUUGCCUCUAGUUGAACCAGAAAGGUUUGUUCACUACCGGAGAAGGCAAAGACGACUUACUUAUCCAGUCUCUCUUGUUGCUAGCGAACCGACAUCUCCAGGAUCAAGAGUUAAGAAAGAAGAACCUGAAAUAAUGGCUGAGUUGAGAGUAAGAGACGUGGCAAUCCUACGUCCCACCAAUGUGACAUCUUGUAUUCAGAAACCUGAAGCUGGUGGGAGUGAUACGUACAUUCUAGCUGGAAUGAAUGUGGAUUAUGUGAGGCUCACUUUAUUCCCUUUUUCUCUGCUUGGGGAAGCAAAAAGAUGGUUAAACUCAGAGCCCACAAACUCAAUUACCACUUGGAAUGAUCUAGCACAUAAGUUCUUCAUCCGAUUUUUUCCAUCUGGAAAAACAGCUAAGUUGAGGAGUGACAUUUUGAGCUUUAGGCAGAAAGUGGGAGAAAACUUGUACCAAAGUUGGGAUAGGUUUAAAUCAAUGUUGAUGAGUUGCCCUCAUCAUCAUCAAUCUAAUGAGGUGUUGGUCCAUACUUUCAUUGAAAGAUUGGAGCCUAACACCAAGAUUCUACUUGAUUCAACUGUAGGUGGUCAGGCUUUGGAGAAGACAUAUGCUGAACUAUUCACAUUGUUGAAUAGGAUCUCUCAGGGCAACCUUGAAUGGAAUGGGGGAGGAAUAAAACCUGUGAUUCAGAAAAUGACAGGUAUGUUAGAGGUAAAUGUUGUGACUGCCUUGACUGUACAAAUUGCUACUAUGCAGAAUAUGAGGAACACUCACUUCAACAAUCUAGCAUUGGGACAACAACCCGCACAUGUAAAUGUUGUUCAACAAUCACCAUCUUGGUGUGAGAUAUGCGGAGGUGGUGAUCAUAGUGCAGAGGAGUUAGCUCCUAAGAAAAGAAACAUUGAUGUUGUGAAUAAAGAGAGUGAACCCAAGGAGGGCGAAGUUGUUGCACAAGAAGAAAUAAUGCAACCAAUUGUGAAACCACCUCCUCUAUUCCCUCAAAAGUUCAAGAAGCAGAAGAAGGAUGAAUGUUUUGGUAAGUUCCUCUCUCUUUUGAAACAAGUUCACAUUAAUUUGCUAUUGGUAGAUGUUUUGCAGGGUAUACCCAGGUAUACGAAAUACGUGAAGGCGAUUGUGGCGAAUAAAAUGAGGCUAACAGAGUAUGAGACUGUUGCACUUACUGAAGAGUGCAGCUCCAGAACCCAAAAUAAGUUACCCACUAAAUUGAAAGAUUCAGGUAGUUUUACGGUUCAGAUCACUAUAGGGCAGAGCAUUUAUGCACAAAAAUUAUGUAAUCUAGGAGCUAGUAUAAAUUUGAUGCCGACUUCUUUGCACAAAAAGCUGGGGUUGGGUAGUCCUAUACCUACUACCAUUAUCUUACAGUUGGCUGAUAGAUCUGUAGCUAGGCCUGAGGGUGUUGUAGAUGAUGUGCUAGUGCAAAUAGGAUCAUUGAUUUUCCCAGUAGAUUUUGUUGUGUUGAACUUUGAGCAAACCCUGAGGUCUCAUUCAUCCUAG